ACGGUAUCACCACCCGUCAGAUCCAGCUCCAGAUCCAUCGCCCUGAGAUCUGUCGGUAGAGUAAGAGGCAGACCUCUCUCCGACAUUCAGAAUGGCUGCUCAAAUCCCCAUAGACGAGCUUAGCAAGCUCAGCGUCGAGGACGCGGCCAACGUGAAAGCCAAGCCCGGUCUUGCUACAUCUACGACUACAAAUGGAAACCUCAACCAGGACAGCGACGACUCCGAUGACGACGCGGAGAACCCGGCUGCAGGGGCUGCCAGCGGCGCUGCCAAGAAGAAGAAGAAGAGAAAGCCCAGGAAGAAGAAGAAGACGCCUACCGAGCAGUCGGAUCCCCCGCGCGUCCUGAUCUCGCAGCUGUUCCCCAACAACACGUACCCCAAGGGCGAGGAGGUGGAAUACGUGAACGAGAACCGCUAUCGCACCACCAAUGAGGAGAAGCGCCACCUCGACAACAUGAACAACGACUUCCUGACCGACUAUCGCCACGCCGCCGAGGCACACCGCCAGACCCGCCAGUGGGCCCAGAAGAACAUCAAGCCCGGCCAGACGCUGACCGAGAUCGCCAACGGCAUCGAGGAUAGCGUGCGCGCUCUUGUCGGCCACACGGGCCUCCCCGAGGGCGACGCCAUCGUCGCCGGAAUGGGCUUUCCCACGGGCCUGAGCAUCAACCACUGCGCGGCGCAUUACACACCCAACGCCGGCAACAAGAUGGUCCUGCACGAGGACGACGUCAUGAAGGUCGACUUUGGCGUCCACGUCGGCGGGCGCAUCGUCGACAGCGCCUUCACCAUGGCCUUCAACCCGCGGUACGAUCUGCUGCUCGAGGCCGUCAAGGCGGCCACCAACGCCGGAGUCAAGGAGGCGGGCAUCGACGUGAGGCUGGGCGAGAUUGGCGGCGUGAUUCAGGAGGUCAUGGAGAGCUACGAGAUUGAGCUGAACGGGACCACUUAUCCCGUCAAGUCGAUCCGCAACCUGAACGGGCACACGAUUCUGCCCUACAGCAUCCACGGCACCAAGAGCGUGCCCAUCGUCAAGACUAAUGACACGACCAAGAUGGAGGAGGGCGAGGUCUACGCUAUCGAGACGUUUGGCAGCACGGGCAACGGCGUGGUGCACGAGGAGGGCGAGGUGUCGCACUACGCCAAGCGCAGCGACGCCCCCAAGGUGGACCUGCGUCUGUCAUCGGCCAAGUCGCUGCUGAACGUCAUCAACAAGAACUUUGGCACCCUGCCGUUCUGCAGGCGGUACCUGGACAGGCUGGGCCAGGACAAAUAUCUGCUCGGGUUGAAUAACCUCGUAUCCAACGGUGUUAUCGAAGCUUAUCCCCCGCUAGUGGACAAAAAGGGCUCAUACACAGCCCAGUUCGAGCAUACAUUCCUUCUCAGACCUACCGUGAAGGAGGUCAUAAGUCGGGGAGACGACUACUAAGGCUGUUAACACGCAUAACAGGAUGCAAUCAUUGCAAUCUUUCCCAUUUGACACCGAU